GUUUGAGUUCAACUCCCGCUCAGCAGAACCGCUGUCAUGUAACCAUAGCAAUGGACAGAAGUGAAUUGGAGAAGAUUGUUUCACGUUUUCAGGCAUGUGCACGCGGAUACCUAAUGAGAAGCGAGGUUCGACGUGCGCGUGAGAACUUUGAGGACAUUGUGAAGGAGAUUGACGGGAGUCUGAAUCAUCUUACGUGGACUGAUACAGUCAUCUCCAUUCCUCGCUUCACAGACAUUGGCGGCCCAUGUCUUCAUCCUGGCAUCUCCUCAAUCCAGCCCUCAAGGCCAGGAUUAGAUGUCAAUGUUCACCUGAGAUCAUCAUCCAUAUCAGAGAAGACGGGAGAUCUUUGUGUUUUGUUGGAGAGAAAAGAAGCUGAGAGAGAUGAUUCACAUGACUGUGUACACAGCUGCUCUGUUAGUUGGGAUGAAGAGGAACAGAAACAGAGCACUGUGGGAAAUGCAGAGGGAGAGGUGAUGGAGAGCACAGGGAGGUCCUCCACCAUCUGGAGCAGUUUGGAGUUAGACAUGAACAGUUCCUCUCAUAAAGGUCGUCGAAAGUGCUGCUCAGCCCAGGAGGUGCCCCAUACCCAAGAGGCCCUGCGUCUCCAUAGAAACACACUGACCAUGGAGCUGCUCUGGUUGCAGCAAGCCAUUGACAGCAGGAAAAAGUAUUUGUCACUGAAGGAUAGACUAAGUGUAGCCUGAUGGGGUUGAUGGUGCAAACUGGACAUAAGAAUGUGAACUCUGGUCAGUUGCACAUAACCAUCUGUGAGGGAUGUGAGAACAUACAAGUGAACAUGAAAUUGAUUACUUUCAAAUGUCAUUGAUAAUGUUAUGUAUAAUGUUGUGUAUGAAUAUUUUGUAAGUUUUUUCUUAUGUAGAAAUUAAUAAAUUAUAUUUUUA